AUGGACGACGAAGGCUUCGAGGUCAUCGAUGCUGUAGGCCCUGGCCUCAAAGCCAAGGCCAAGGCCAAGGCUAGGGCCCCAGCUACAAAAGCCACUCGGAAGUCGACCAGGACCAAGCUACCCCCGAUUCCGAAAGCUGCCUCACCCUUGCCGCUCACCGAAGCCCUCGGCCUCAACGCAAAUCACCCGAGCAGGCGCACUGUGACCGGCAGCCUCAAGAGGAAGCGAUCCAUCAGCAGUGCUUCGCGAUCUCAUACCGACAGCGAUGAACGGGACGAGCUGGAAGAAGGUCCGGCUCGAAAGUACAAGAAGCCCGCUGUCAAGAAAGCUGCAGCUGGCAAGGGCAAAGCCAAAGGCAAAGGCGAUAGCUCCAGCGCCGAGGCUGCUAAGCCCAAGAAGAUCAGCAUGGCGCAGCAACAGCGCGACAAACUCGAUCAAUUGCGCAAGGAUCGCCACUUCGGCAGACUCGACGAAGACACGCUCAAGCGCAUUAUGAAGGUCAGCCUCGAGCGCAUGUACCUUAUCCACCGCUUCCGCGCUCCGGGCUAUGACCGUGAGGAGUUCGACGUCAGCGGAUCCACAGGCAACGUCUACAAGGUUGUGCUCGACCGUCAGGUCGACUGCAGCUGCAUGGACUUCAGGCUGCGGCGCCAGGUGUGCAAGCAUAUGCUCUUCGUCUACAUCAAGGUCCUGCGCCUCAAGGGUCAUCUGCCGGUCUACACUCAGGUCCGCCUUUCCGCCGAGGACCUUGAGCGUGUGUUCGAGGAGGCUCUCCUCAAUCCUCUGGAACAGGCAGUGGCCAAGCCCGACCUGCGCAAAGCGUGGGAGACCGCAGUCGGAUACCAGCCCAACGACGAGGAGCAGGCAUCUGGAUCAGGCGUGACCGAAGAAAGCACCGCUCCGGAAGGCAAGCGAAUGCUCCCCGAAGAAGGCGACGUCUGCGGUGUCUGUUACGAAGAUCUCGAGCCCGGCAGCGUCGAAGGCCUCGAAUUCUGCCUGGCUAGCUGCGGCCGUCCGACGCACACAGACUGCCUCGCGACUUGGUUCAAGACUCGGGGCUACGAUCACACCUGCAUCUGGUGCCGAGCCAAAUGGCAAGAGUCUUCUCACAGCCAGCAAAAGGUCGACGACAGGAAGGCCCACGGCUACGGCAUCGGAGUGAGCCGACGAGGCGCUGUGGUCGAUGCCUCGGGCCGACAGCUCAACCUCGCCGCUGUCGCCGGCGUCGACGAUGGCGCAGAUGCCGAAGCUGCUGCCGACCCGGCUGCUGACGCCGGGGUCGAUGCCCAAGCAGACGACGUAUUCGCUCUCGGAGAGACCGAUGGCUGGGAGUAG